AGUUGGGGUGUGAAUGGACGAAAGCGGUAAAUCGCCUGGUCAAGAUGGGCUGUCAAAGGAGCUGUUCGAGUCCCAUUGGGAUCUGCUAGUGGGGAACGUAAUGGAUUUCAUUCGUAGCUUUGAAAUAACAACGGAACUGUCGCAGCCGACGAAGACGGCGGUCACGGUACCACUGUAUAAGAAAGGACAAACACAGUGUUUACCAAAUUAUAGGCCCAUCUCAUUGCUGAACACAGUGUAUAAGGUGAUCGCCAAAGUGCUAGCAAACAGGACCAGACCGGUGAUUCACAAGGUAAUUUCGGAUGAACAGUAUGGUUUCAUAUCUGAGAGGAGGCUGGCGGACGCGGUAGCGACGGUAGCGGAUGUGAUUGUUGCGGAAAACCGGGGGAAAGAGGACUGGCUGCUGUUACUGGUCGACUUUCAGAAGGCCUAUGAUUCGGUGCUGAGGGGAUACCUAUUCCGGAGCAUGAGGAGGAUGGGUUUCCCGAAUCUAUAUGUACGGUGGGUGGAGGGACUUCAUGAAGGUGCAGUGACAAGGAUCUGCAUGAAUGGAAGACUUGGCGAGCUGGUAGGGAUGCGGAAAGGGGGGUGAGGGAGGGGCGCGAGGAGUGUAAGAGUAUCGC